AUGGCGUUAGCAAGACACCUCACCAUUUUGUUCAUUGCCACUUAUCUUGUCCAAACCCUUUCACUAUCACCAGAUGAUCGCUCAGGAAGUUGUGUGCUCAACUUUACAUCCUACCCAUACCAACCAACUGGGGAAUGUAUAAGUAAAAAUGCCAAGCUGAAAAUAAGCGUCUGGAACAGCUGGACAACAAAUCUGUGCUGUCGAAAUGUGCUCACCACUUUGUCUCGAGCCUUGGCCUUCCAAGCAUUUAUAAGGCAGGGCGGUGUCUUUGUUUCCGAUGUGGAAUGGAAUAACUGCACUGGCUCAUUUGUUCGUCAGGACGUGUCUGCCGAUCAGUGUGGCUUUAAUGGUCUUUACUAUGGCAGCAGCAACUGCGCCAACGUAAACUUGGCAGACAUUAAGCAAGAGCAGGUGUACCAACAGGCAUUGAACGAUUGCUCUCAACUCAGCAAUGCUUCAUCAUCAUUCAAUGCUUCUUGUGGCACUUGCACCACUUCCUUGUUAAUUCUUAAGCAACAUUUAUCCAAUAAAUAUUAUCAGAAGAAUGAUGGAAACAAAACUGAAAAUUCCAUAUGCGGUGUGGCGGCAGUUAUCUCUGUUGCAGCCGGGAACAUCAACAAUUCCCUUUCUAUGGACAAUUACUUUGCGUGUUUGACAAAGUUAGAGAAGUUCGAACCAGGUUACUUCAAACUCACGUAUGCCCUGGUAGAAGCAGUAUUUUCGAUCUUGAUAGCCAUCACUGGAAUAUGGCUGAUAGUCCUGCUGGUAAAAUACGUGACGAAGAAGAAGCCCCUAAAACCGGUCCUCUCAGGAUCGACUACUGCAUGGUCUGGCCUGUACAGAUUCUCCAAGGCUGAGAUUGAGAAUGCCAUAAAUUAUGGACCUGAAAGAAAGAACCUCGGACGAGGAAGUGCCGGUCAUGUUUAUAAAGGGGUUCUUCCGAGUGGACAAGUUGUGGCCGUUAAGCACAUAAACAAGAGUAACAUAUCUGAUUCUUUUACAAGAGAAGUGGAAGGGCUUUCAAGGGUUCGACACCCGAACUUGGUUUGCCUCUUUGGUUGCUGUGUUGAAGGCGGGGAGCAAUAUCUUGUGUAUGAAUAUUGCUCAUCAGGGAAUCUAGCUCAACAUCUCCUAAGAAACGACCCUGUGUUAACAUGGGAAAGAAGGGUUAAGAUUCUCAGAGACUGUGCACUUGCUUUGAGGUAUCUCCACCACUAUAUUGAUGGCUGCAUAGUUCACAGAGAUAUCAAGCUUACAAACAUCCUUUUGACUGCGAACAUGGACCCCAAGCUAUCUGAUUUUGGGUUGGCAAAGAUGUUGGGGAUGGAGGAGAGCAAAGUAUUUACAGAUGUUAGAGGAACAAUAGGGUAUAUGGAUCCAGAGUACAUGACCAAUGCUAAAUUAACCUGUGCCAGUGAUGUCUAUAGUUUUGGUAUCGUUUGCCUGCAACUUCUUUCAGGCCAAAAAGUAUUUGAGCUUGAUCUUGAUGCGAGAGAUCAACUCACAAGAAAGGCAAAGGAUGUGAGUAUGAACAAGCGUCCACCCGAGGAUCUUGAAGAUCCAAGACUAAAUGGAAAUGUCAACAAGGCAGACUUUGAAUCGAUUCUACAAAUUGCAGUACUUUGUGUUGCCAAAUCAAGCAAGGGUCGCCCUACGAUUGACGUUGUCUUUGAAGAGAUGGAAAAGGCUUGGAAGAACACUGCUGCUGAAAUGCUGCGAGUAGGAAACGACGGCGUAGUUUUGGGGAUGGUGAUCCUCGUCGUCUUCGGAAUUGACGACUGCGGCUGCAUCGUAGUCGUCGAUGUUGGUGUCCGAAUCGACUGGUCGUGGAGGAGCACCAAUAGCUACUAUGGAUAUGGAGGCAUGGUGGACAACGAAGAAAUCACGGAUGAAGUUGGUGAGAGAGAGGAGACGGGGGCUCGAGAGAAGGAGAGAGAGUAA